AUGUUCACCGUACCUUUACCAAAAGCUCAGCUGCAGAAGCAAACUCUUUUUACAUCUAAUGAAACUGCUGGAAACGUUUACAGGAUCCCUGCUCUUCUGUAUGAGAGAGAAAGUAAAACUUUAUUUGCCUUUGCAGAGCAGAGGAAGACUUCAGAUGAUACCAGCGGAGAAAAGCUGGUUAUGAGAACAGGAAAGAUCAAGGAGGGAUCCUCUAAGAAGACAGUUGGGUGGUCAGAGCUCAAACAGCUGGAAAAGGCACUUAUUAAAGGAUACCGUCCAAUGAACCCCUGCCCGGUGUAUGACAAGGUCAACAACAAACUUUUCCUGUUUUUCAUCUGUGUUGAAGACGCUAUCACUGAAAUGUACCAGAAAGAAAACUGUGACAACCGGACCCGUCUCUGCUUCAUCACAAGUGAGGACCUCGGAGAAACCUGGAGCGAUGUGAUCGAUUUGACGGACGAACUGAGUGAAAUAAAAAACUGGUCCACAUUUGCUGUUGGGCCAGGCCAUGGUAUUCCAGCAGAGAGUGGUCGACUGAUUAUCCCAGUUUAUGCUUAUACUUCCUUUUGCUGCAAACCUUGUUUCUUACCAAACAGUAAAUCGUAUGCACUCUCACUGUAUAGUGGUAGUCAUGGCAAAAACUGGAAAUUUGGUGAACUGUUUAAUACGGUAUCAGUUGAGUGUGAAAUAGUUGAAAUUUCCAAAGACCACAUCUACUGCAACGCCCGUAAUGUGGGCGGCUAUCAAGUGGAAGCAGUCAGUGAUGAUAAUGGAGUUAAGUUCAACAAUCUCCAACCUGGAAACAAGCUUGUCUUCUUUAUGCAGCAUCCAAUAAGAGUCCUGCUCUGA